GUAAACGGCCACAUCAGCAGACAGAUAACCAGUGAGAUAAAGAAGAGCAUCGAGGGAGGGUGGGGUGAUAGUGAGAAAGGAGGGGUGUGUAUAAAUGGAGGCCAAUGGGCAUUUACAAUCCCACGGUCUGCUAGGGCUUCAUCACCAGCUGCCUUCAAACCUCAAAGCGAGCCCGCGGCCAUGGCGUUCAACGGAACCUGGAAGGUCGACCGCAGCGAUAACUAUGUCAAGUUCAUGGAGCAACUGGGUGUUAAUGUCGUGAAGCGAAAGCUUGCAGAGCACGACAACCUGAAGGUCACCAUCGAGCAGACCGGGGACAGCUUUCACAUCAAAGAGUCCAGCACCUUCCGCACCAAAGAGUUCGACUUCACCCUGGGCGUCCCGUUCGACUACAGCCUGGCCGACGGCACCGACGUCUCGGGCACAUGGGAGAUGGAGGGUGACACGCUGAAAGGCAAAUUCACCAGGAAAGACAACGGCAAGGUGCUGACCACCACCCGAGCUCUGGUGGGAGGGGAGCUCGUACAGAGUUACAACUAUGAGGGAGUGGAUGCUAAGAGGAUUUUCAAGAAGCAGUAACCUGGAGUCUGAAGUUCAUAUUUUAUAUUCUGUAGAUCACGCGAGGUAGAUCUGUUUGUUUGUU